ACCAUGGCUCAACUGGUAUGGGGGUUGCUCUUCCUGGGCCUCAUGGCCAUGGCUCAUGGGCUUCAGAAGGGUGAUGAUCUGCUUGAUGUCUGCAUGGAUGGUAAGCACCACAAGUACAAGCCUAGUAAAGAAGAUGAUCUUCAUCAGCAGUGUAGCCCAUGGAAAAAAAGAGCCUGCUGCACAGCAAACACCAGCAUUGCAGCUCAUGAAGAUGGUUCCCACUUGUAUCGGUUCAACUUUGACCACUGUGGGACGAUGACUCCAGCCUGCAAACGCCUCUUUGUCCAGGACCUGUGUCUCUAUGAGUGUUCCCCAAAUCUGGGACCCUGGAUCCAGCCUGUAAAUUCCAGCUGGAGGAAGGAACGCAUCUUGAAUGUUCCCCUUUGCAAAGAGGACUGUAACCAGUGGUGGGAGGAUUGUAAAACUUCCUAUACCUGCAAAAAGAACUGGCACAAAGGAUGGGAUUGGAGUUCAGGGGUUAACGAGUGCCCAGUUAAGGCUGCUUGCCAUCCUUUCCACUUUCACUUCCCAACACCAGCCUCCCUCUGUGAGAACGUUUGGAGUCGUUCUUAUAAUGUAAGCUCUUAUGGCCAAGGCAGUGGCAAAUGUAUCCAGAUGUGGUUUGACCCAGCCCAGGGAAACCCCAAUGAAGCUGUGGCUAAAUUCUAUGCUUUUGGCUCUGCUCCAGGCAUCUUCAGUUGGGGGGUCAGUUUUCCCUUCUUGACUCUGAUGCUGCUGUUGCUUCUCUGGGCUUGAUCCUCAGUCAGGCACAAAAUCCAACUAAUCUCCACACAAACUCAUAGCCUACAUUUACUCCCAGUCUGAGACCCCUGGGACCCCAGCUUCCUGCCUGACUCAGCCUGCUUCUCCAGAGAUCCUGACUUCCUGAUCUGGAUUCUCCCCCCUCAAGCCAUCCACAGCAGCCUGAUCUGUCUGUUUAGAAUCCCACAGAUUC